AUGCUUCAAACGUCAUCUUCCGGGUUUGUUUCGUGGCUAAAGACCAACCAAUUCACCAUAAGAGCCCUCAAAGAGUACCAAAUAGACUCAAAUAGCCACCCGGACCAGCGCCAGAUCGCGUCCAACAUCAGAAACAAGGCAUCAGAGACAUUCCGGUUGCUGGAAGACCAGGACUUGUUGCUUCAGAAGCGACAGGAGUUCAUCACAUUCAGAGAGGACAUGAAACUGCCCACGCCGCGGUCGUCGCUGGACCUUCCGAGCCGGCCCUCGUUCACGAGCGACCGCAAUUGCAAGUCGCUGGAGAUCAACCGUGCCGACCUGUUCAGAGAUCUGGACCUGUAUCCGUCGUCGUCGGACGAGGAGAAAGAGCGGCGCGGAAGCAAGCUGAGCAACAUUUUGGAGUUGGAGGAGGAUUCCAACUACACAGACACGCGGUCCUUGAGAGUCCGCUGA